UCUCAUUACUUUUUCUAAUUUAAUUCUCAAUCGUCUCUUUUUUCUUAUCCAUUUCCUCCUCCCCCACUCAUUUCAUGCUCAUACCUUUACGUCGUCGUUUUGGAUCUCACCUUAAUCCUCCUUCCUAAUCUCAAUGAUCUGGGGUUUGUUGCAUUGACAGAAAAAAAGAAAAGAAAAGAAAAACUUAUUAUCCUGAAUUUAAAUGAUGUAUGAACAACGACUGGUGUAGUGUAGCAAUGUUAAUUCUCUUUCUCCCAUUAAUUUCCUAUAACAAAUUGUUUGAGUUCAAUUUGUUGUAAGUAGGUUAUGCAAUAAUUUAUCUUCCCUCAACCAUGGCUUCCAAAAUGAAAGGAAUCUACAAAAGUUUCAAAUAUAUCACUCAGAUUUUCGGUAAUGUGGUGAAAGAUCGCGAAAUGGAAAUCGGAUAUCCGACCGAUGUAAAGCAUGUAGCUCAUAUCGGAUUGGAUAAUUCUUCUCCAUCCGCUUCCGCCCCUAGUUGGAUGAAUGAAUUUAAAGGUGGUGAGGUGAGUGAACGAAGGGAUUCUAGUUCAACCGCAGUAACGGCUCUCAGUCAUUGGUCUACACAUUCCCAAGAAUUUGACAUUUCGAUAGGUUACCAAUCGGCAUCCGACUUAUCGUUGGAGCUUCCAAAGAAACCAAAGAAAAAAAGGAGUAGCAAGAACACGACAAUGUCGUCGUCGUCGUCGAGAACAACGAAGUCAAAAGCUACCUGCAACAAUCCCGUGGAGCCGAUCCCAAACUAUCAAAUUUAGAACAAUUAAUAAUAAUAAUAUGGUUAAUUAGAUUUUUCAGAAUUUGUCAAAACCUUUUCACAAAGCGUGUUUUUUCAUUGUUUUCCUUGAAUCCAAAUUUGUUAAUAGUUUUUCUUUCUCUUUUUGGCCUCGGGUUGCGUAAAUAAUAGAUGACCGAGGCUGCUGAUUUCUUUCCAUCUCUUUAGUUAGAAUGAUCCAUUCAAAUUGUUGUGGUUUCUAAAUGAAUAUAGAAUACACUCACGCGUACUCAAAUCUGGAUAUAUUACUGGGGCUUACUUAUUGGAGUACUCACACCACACCGAUACCGAUAUGAUACCAACCAGAGUAUACUCCAUUCUUAAAGUAUAAUAUGAAGUAUAAUUAGCAGAUCAGACCAACAGAAAAAGUAAAACAUUUGUGCAUCCUACUAUACACAACUCUCAAUAUUAUGACCCCCAAUCAAAAUUGUAAGAACAAUUUGUUAGUCCCGGUACAAUUAGAGGCAGAAUUGAAACUUUAUAAACUUGAUAGUUUAUUUACUCAAUUAUGAAAGUUUAGAAAGUGUGU